GCCGGGCUGGCGCAUGCGCCGUGCAGCUCGCUCACCGCGUAGGUCGCCUUUGAGGGGACUGUCGCAGAGGCUUGUCAUUCUGACCCCAGGAUCCCUCAGAACGUCGGAAAUGUCUAAUGCAAAAGAAAGAAAAUAUGCUAAGAAAAUGAGAAACCAGCCCACUAAUGUGACUUUAUCCUCUGGCUUUGUGGCUGAUAGAGGUGUAAAGCUCCAUAAUGGAGGAGGGAAACCUUUCCAAGCUCAACAGCAAGAGCUUCAUUCUGGAACUUCACAACAGCGGCAAACCAAGAUGACCCCUCAUUCACUGCCUGAGCCUAGUGUGAAUGAGCAGUUUUCCUCCAAAAUCAUGUUUAAAAAAAAGGGAGGCUGGAAAGCAGGUCCUGAUGGCACUUCCCAAGAGAUCCCCAAGUAUAUAACCGCUUCUACCUUUGCUCAAGCACGAGCUGCUGAAAUCAGUGCCAUGUUAAAAGCUGUGACCCAGAAGUCUUCUAAUUCGCUGGUUUUCCAGACUCUGCCACGACACAUGAGACGAAGAGCCAUGAGCCACAACGUCAAACGCCUCCCUAGACGGUUACAGGAGAUGGCCCAGAAAGAGGCAGAGAAAGCUGUACAUCAGAAAAAAGAACAUUCCAAAAAUAAAUGCCAUAAGGCUCGAAGAUGUCAUAUAAACCGAAUACAAGAAUUUAACCGUAGACAAAAGAAGAACAUAUGGUUGGAAACUCACAUCUGGCAUGCCAAACGCUUUCACAUGGUCAAGAAGUGGGGCUAUUGCCUUGGAGAGAGGCCGACAGUCAAGAGCCACAGAGCCUGCUAUCGAGCCAUGACAAACCUUUGUCUCCUCCAGGAUUUAUCCUACUAUUGUUGUUUGGAGCUGAAGGGCAAAGAGGAAGAAAUACUAAAGGCAGUUUCUCAAAUGUGUAACUUAGACACAGGAUUGACCUUUGCAGCAGUUCACUGCUUGUCUGGAAAGCGCCAAGGGAGCCUCAUGCUUUAUCGAGCAAAUAAGUAUCCCAGAGAAAUGCUUGGACCUGUUACAUUUAUUUGGAAGUCUGAGAGGACCCCUGGAGACAGUUCUGAAAGCAGGCAGUUGUGGAUCUGGCUUCAUCCAACUCUUAAGCAGGAUAUCUUAGAGGAAAUAAAAACAGUAUGCCAGUGCAUGGAACCCAUCAAAUCAAAUAUUUGUACUCCUAACCCACUUCUGAAACCAUCUCAAGAAGAAAGUCAAAUUGAACUGGCUGAUGAGAAAAUUGGCAAGAAGAGAAAAAGGAAAGAUGAUAGAGAAAAUGCUAAAUCAGUUAAAAAAGUUAUUGGUGAUGGAACUAGGGAUCCAUGUCAGCCAUAUUCUUGGAUCUCUCCAACCACAGGUAUUGUGAUCAGUGAUUUGACCAUGGAGAUGAACAGAUUCCGGCUGAUUGGUCCCCUUUCUCACUGUAUCCUAACUGAGGCCCUGAAAGUUGCUUCUGUGCACACUGGGGAAGCAGACACAGGGGAGACGCCUCACCUUUGGUGGAGUGAUACAUGUAAAAACCCUGAUAAUGUUUCCCUUCAUCACAGACAAGAAGCUGUUUUUGAAUUGUUGGGAGGAAUAACAUCACCGGCAGAAAUUCCAGCAGGUACUAUUCUGGGAUUGACAGUUGGGGAUCCACGAAUAAAUUUGCCUCCAAAGCGAUCCAGAGCUUUGUCCAAUCCAGAAAAAUGCCAAGGUAAAAAUUUUAAUUGUGAGGAAGGGAUCUGCACCCGCAGCUGGUCUUGUGCUCAGUGGAAGCCUCUGUUUGACCAUACAGAUGAUCCAGAUAAUGAGAAAGUUAGACAGCUGCUUCUGGAGGGUGUGCCUGUGGAGUGUACGCAUAGCUUUAUCUGGAACCAAGAUAUCUGUAAGAGUGUCACAGAGAAUAAAAUCUCGGAUCAGGAUUUGAACCGGAUGAGAAGUGAAUUGCUGGUGCCUGGGUCACAGCUUGUUUUAGGUCCCCAUGAAUCCAAGAUACCUAUCCUUUUGAUUCAGCAGCCUGGAAAAGUGACUGGUGAAGAGCGACUGGGCUGGGGAAGUGGCUGGGAUGUCCUACUCCCAAAGGGCUGGGGCAUGGCUUUCUGGAUUCCAUUCAUCUACCGAGGUGCAAGAGUUGGAGGGUUAAAAGAGGCGCUGAUGCAUUCUCAGUAUAAAAGGUUACCUCACAUCCCGGGUGACUUCCCAGACUGUCCUGCUGGGGCUCUGUUUGCUGAAGAGCAAGCCAAGAAUCUUCUGGAAAAGUACAAAAGACGCCCUCCUGCCAAACGACCUAACUAUGUUAAACUUGGCACACUGGCACCUUUCUGCUGUCCCUGGGAGCAGUUAACUCAGGACUGGGAGUCCAGAGUCCAUGCCCAAGAUGUGUCUUCUGUUGCUUCGUCUCCAUGUGGUGAGGAGGGUGACCUAAAAAGACAUUGGAUGCCUCAUGCUCCUGAAAAGUCUCAUCAUUCUGAAGUGGGCACAUCUGCAAAUGACCGUGGGGACCCAGAAGUCAUGGACACAGAGUGUCAGGACCAGGCAGAAACUGGGACAGUAAUAGACCAGGGUGCUGGUGAGAACCAUGUUGCUGCCACCAGUAGUCAACUCUGUGUUCUCAGGAAUAGGAAAUUACUGAAGCAAUUGUCAGCCUGGUGUGGGCCCAGUUCUGCAAACAAUCGGGUGGUCCGGUGGGCUGCCAGCAGAGGCCAGCAAGAAUUGACCACAGAGGCCCGCCUGUCCAUCUUGGACCACUUUCCCAGGGCCCUGGUAUGGGUCAGCCUGUCCCUGCUCAGGAAGGGCAGCCCUGAGCCACUCACCAUGAUCUGUGUCCCAACUGAGGAGGACUUCCUCCAACUCAGCCAGGAUCAGCACUACUGUGGGCCCCAGGAAGCCAGACACAGUGAUCCAUUCAAGAGCAUCAUCCUGAAACAGAAAGAGAAGAAGAAGAUGGACAGGAGGCAGAACCGAGAGUUUGCUGCUUCCGAGGGCCUGGCAGUGGAGACCCCUGCUGCUGGGCAGGGAGCUCUGACUCUGGGGCUGUGGCCAGGUCCCCUCCCAGGUAUGAUCGCCCAUUGUUCCAGAAUCCUCCUAGGCUUUGUCACCCAGGGAGAUUUUUCCAUGGCUGUUGGCUGUGGAGAGGCUCUGGGGUUCGUGAGUCUGACAGGAUUGCUAGACAUGCUGCCCAGGCAGCCGGCAGCUGGAAGGGGCCUGGUGCUGCUGAGGCCUCCCGCCUCCCUGCAGUACCGAUUUGCCAGGAUUGCCAUUGAGGUAUAAGUGCCGGUUCACUGCCUAGCAGAGCAUAGGUGAUUUUAUUUACAAAGUCCCACAGUUGGAAUCUUGCUUUCCUUGUCUUCUGUUUCGAAAUAUCAUGUGAAAUUCCUUGAAAAGAAGAAUUAAGAAUAUAUAUAUUAUGAAAUGAUGAAAUACUUACAUCAUUUCAUCUCUCCCUGCCCUUGCUGUGUAAUUGUCUGGUACGUGUGGCCAAAAGCUUUUUAUUGUGAUUUUUUUGUUUGUGUAAUUCUUGCUGAAAAGCAGGGCACAUUAUUAAAGCUUUACUUUUUAUUGUCCCUUUUUUGUUAGGAGCAAAAAGCUGUGAGGUCCGUUUGAGCUCAUAGUCAUGAUAAGCAGCAGUAGCUGUUUAAUAAAGAGGAAGAGACUAUAAACAUCUGGCUUCUGUUUGUGAGAUAUCGGCCCUGUAUGGGCCGUGCUCAAACCUGUACUGUAAUCAGUAUGCUGAGUACCUUGUGCCAUAAAGAAUGAAAUAACAGACAAUUUAUUGCUGCCUGUAUAUGAUAAAAAUGUUGGGUUGGAAUUUAAAGAGGUCUGUGACUUUAUGAACUUGACUAACAUGUGACCUUGAUCACAUAUUGAACAACAUGUGAUCCUAGGAGUUAAUUUUUUUAAGUAAAAAAUUUUUAUUUUUGUUUCUGUAAAGAAUUUCUCAAAGCCAUAAAGGAGAAUUCUUAGAGCAUGUUCUGAGAGAGAGAGAGAGAGAGAGAGAGAGAUUCCAAAAGUAGAUAACAGUGUAUAGUGUUUUUAAAAAUCUUUUUGAUCCUCGAAUUCCUUUUCUAAGGAGCACUUUGUGGGAUCAGUACCCUUAGGAACACGCUUUGUUCAGCGUGGCUAUAUGGUACAGUAGCUACCUCUGCAAAGUGAUGACUGAAAUGACCAUUUGCUUUCAAAACGCCACCCAUGUAGUCACAUCGUCCACUGCAGGUCUUGAGCAGGGCAUAAUAAAUCUCUUAUCCUGCCCCAUGGCAGGCUCAUGAUUGCUUUUUUCACUUGGAGAAACCUGGUGGCUCAUUAACCUUCAUCUACUUCAGCCCCUUACUUCCUGCCAUCCUUUUUCUAACAGAGCCUGAGUAAUAUGUUUUGAAUUUACACGUGCAUUAGGCAUCAUUUCAUGUAAAUAAAUGCAUUGUGUUUUUGCAGUCUUUGGGGGUGAUGAGUUGGGGACAAACUGGCAAGCCUUCCAGUAGUUGGAAAGCCCUUGAGCCAAUGAAUGGCUGAUGUUUCUCCUCUCACCAAGCUUCUCAGUGUCUUUGUGUCCAACAACAAAUGAGAUCAAGGAAAAUAGUGUAUCUAAGUGCUGUCUGUAAACAGAAUAAAUUAAAAUACCACCUGAUGUUCA